GUGAUACACUUGAUUAAAAGAAUUAACAAAUUUUUAUUUGCUACUUGUCUCAUUGUAAGAUUUCAAUCUUUAAAAUUAAAAAAUUUGAAAAUGUCGAAGAAUAAACAUUAUACAACUGUGGAAAGAAAACUUUUCGUAGAGAUAUUAAAAGAUUUUAAGCACGUCAUUGAGGUUAAAAAAAGUGAUUCUUCAACAUUUCAUGACAAAGAACUUGCAUGGGCUGAAAUUUGUAAGAGAUAUAACGAUUCUUCCAUGAUUAUGCAAGAACGUACAGUUCAACAGCUAAAGAAACUCUGGACAAAUAUUAAACAAACUCAAAGAGAAUUAUUAACUAAAGAAAAACAAGCUCGUCUAGCCACUGGUGGUGGCCCGCCACUACCAGAAAUAAACAUUGAUCCUGAUGUUGCCAUAAUAGCACCACAUCUUUUAAAAACAGCUCCUGUUCUGUUUACAUCUAAUAUGACAGAAAAUGAGAUAAAUGACUGCGUUCCAAUCAUUGCCAAACAUUGCCAGCCUUCACAAACUAUAGAGAAAGGAGAACAUGUUUUGAAUCUUUUAGUAAAUGAUGACAUCUCAUCAUUAUACGGGAGUAAUGUUGAUGAGCUGAAUGAUAAAGAAAUUAACAAAACACAAGAUAUAAUAAUGGAAGAGAUGAUUGACAAAGAGAACCAAGAUACUAAUCUUUGUAAUGAAGUUUUUGAGCCGAAAGAAGAAAAUAAAUUGGAUUUUGCCUGUACGCGACCAGUAAAAAUAGCAAAAGGAAAGAGAAAUAUAAAAGAAAAUUUUGUUAGCGAGGAAGAUACUGUAAAGAUAAAAAGAAUAAAGCAAAUCAUAGAACAAGAGAAAGAUAUAUCAGAUAUAAAAAAAUUUCAUGAGAAAAGAAUUGCUACAAUGAAAGAAAAUCUUCAAACAGAAUUAUUUGCUUUACAAAUUCGAGAAGCUACUGCGAAAGCUGAGUUAACCGAGUUACAAUUACAAAGGGAGAAAGAAAAUAUGCGUUUUUAAAAGAAGUCUGUAAAAGGAAAUAUCGAAGUCCAUUUAGCCAAAGAAAUAUUAUAAGAGAAAGUUAUUUAUUUUUAGCUGCAAGAAAUAAUAUUAAAGUAUUGAAUAAUAUAGAUUAACCGUAUUAUGUUAGUGUCCGAUAACUCACUGCACAGCCACGAUGUAUACAAAAUAUUUUUCACUUUGUUAUAU